AUGAAAGUCAUCCCAGCUCUCUCUCCCCCCUCUAUCUCCUUAUCUACUCUGUUCUAUCUCUCCCCCCUCUAUCUCCUUAUCUACUCUGUUCUAUCUCUCCCCCCUCUAUCUCCUUAUCUACUGUUCUCUCUCCCCCUCUAUCUCUCUCCCCCCUCUAUCUCCUUAUCUACUGUUAUCUCUCUCCCCCCGAUCUCCUUAUCUACUCUGUUAUCUCUCUCCCACCUCAUCUCAUUAUCUACUCUGUUAGGGCUCUCCCCCCUCUAUCUCCUUAUCUCUCUCCUUAUCUACUGUUAUCUCUCUCCCCCUCUAUAUCCUUAUCUACUCUGUUCUCUCUCUCUCCCCCCUCUAUCUCCUUAUCUACUCUGUUCUCUCUCCCCCCUCUAUAUCCUUAUCUACUCUGUUCUCUCUCUCCCCCCGCUAUCUCCUAUUACUCUGUUCUCUCUCCCCCCUCUAUAUCCUUAUCUACUCUGUUCUCUCACUCCCCCCUCUAUAUCCUUAUCUACUCUGUUCUCUCCCCCCCUCUAUAUCCUUAUCUACUCUGUUCUCUCACUCCCCCCUCUAUAUCCUUAUCUACUCUGUUCUCUCUCUCCCCCCUCUAUCUCCUUAUCUACUCUGUUCUCUCUCCCCCUCUAUAUCCUUAUCUACUCUGUUCUCUCACUCCCCCCUCUAUAUCCUUAUCUACUCUGUUCUCUCUCUCCCCCCUCUAUCUCCUUAUCUACUCUGUUCUCUCUCCCUCUCACUCCCUUGCUCUCUCUGUUCCAGGCCCGAUUCUCCUACCUGCACAUGAAGUAUCUGUUCUUCUCGUGGCUGGCAGUGUUUGUGGGUAGCUGGGUGGUGUAUGUGGAGUACUCAUCCUACUCAGAGCUGUGUCGUGGAGAUGAGUGCAAGAAUGCCAUAGUGAGUUCUCUAUUUCCUUCUAUGAAAUGAGUAAAUUGAUAGAGCCACCUACUGCGUAAAAAAAGACUCUUCCUUCAAAUACAGUAUUCCAGUGUCAGCUUCCAUAUUGUAUUGAAACCAUCCUGUGAGUUACUAUACAAACCAACACCACGUCUGUCUACUAGUUAGUUACAGUAUACAAACCAACACCAUGUCUGUCUACUAGUUAGUUACAGUAUACAAACCAACACCAUGUCUGUCUACUAGUUAGUUACAGUAUACAAACCAACACCAUGUCUGUCUACUAGUUAGUUACAGUAUACAAACCAACACCAUGUCUGUCUACUAGUUAGUUACAGUAUACAAACCAACACCAUGUCUGUCUACUAGUUAGUUACAGUAUACAAACCAACACCAUGUCUGUCUACUAGUUAGUUACAGUAUACAAACCAACACCAUGUCUGUCUACUAGUUAGUUACAGUAUACAAACCAACACCAUGUCUGUCUACUAGUUAGUUACAGGAUACAAACCAACACCAUGUCUGUCUACUAGUUAGUUACAGUAUACAAACCAACACCAUGUCUGUCUACUAGUUAGUUACAGUAUACAAACCAACACCAUGUCUGUCUACUAGUUAGUUACAGUAUACAAACCAACACCAUGUCUGUCUACUAGUUAGUUACAGUAUACAAACCAACACCAUGUCUGUCUACUAGUUAGUUACAGGAUACAAACCAACACCAUGUCUGUCUACUAGUUAGUUACAGUAUACAAACCAACACCAUGUCUGUCUACUAGUUAGUUACAGUAUACAAACCAACACCAUGUCUGUCUACUAGUUAGUUACAGUAUACAAACCAACACCAUGUCUGUGUGUCUAUUUAUCCAAGUGUGACAAGUACAGGAAAGGAGUGAUUGACGGCUCGGCCUGCAGCAGCCUGUGUGAGAAAGACACUCUGUACCUGGGGAAGUGUCUCUCUGCCAAGCCUAACAACCAGGUCAGAUCUGACUCUGAUCCUAGUUCUACAUUAAAUCUCAAAAGUCUUUCCUUUCCUAAAUGUAAGAGGGAAGGAGAGCACCUGCAUCUCCUCACUUCCUUCUGACAUUGGGCAGGUGGUGUGGAGAGAGGACACGAGGAAUCAAGGAAGUACUUUUGAGAUUCACCCAUAGUGUUUAGCGCUACAGUGUUUCUGUGUCUGAUAACUAACACCAGCAUGUUGUGGGUCUAUGUGUGUCUCUCUCAGGUGUACUCAGGUGGCUGGGGGGACCUAGAGGGGGUGAUUAAGUGCCAGAUGGAAGAGAUUCCUCAUUAUAACCUGGGAGCUGAGAUGGAGCACAGGAAGGAGGCAUCGCCCUUCAACAAGCCCACCAAGGGAACCUCUGUGGAUAAGUUCAAAGAGAUGGUCCUCAGCCACCUCAAGGUCAGAGUACUGUCAUCUCAUUCCAGUGUGAUUCAUUAGACUACCUGCUUUUCCACUUUAUUAAUAGGUUCAUGUCUGCAACACUUACUUGAAGGUCUUCAUAACACAUUAAUAAUCCAUACAUUAUGCAUUCAUAAUCAGGGCACUAAUAUUUCAUAAAUGCACAUUUAUAUUUUGUCACAGUAUUCACAUUCAUGUAACUUAUUGCUAUCUUUGUUAGUGUGUUAUGACUUUAGUGGCUAGCGUGUUCAUUAAUGCAGUUCUGUUACGAAGGUAUCUCUUACCCCUUAUUCCUCUCCAGACCAAGGUGGGUGAACAGGCCAACCUUCCAAACCUGGUGAGCCUGGUUUUCUCCGUGGCCGACUACAACAAAGACGGCCUCAUCUCCUUGCUGGAGGCCCGCUCCAUGUGGGCCCUGCUCCAGCUCAAUGAGUUUCUGCUAGCAGUAGUCCUGCAGGACAGAGAGCACACCCCUAGGCUCCUGGGCUUCUGUGGGGACCUGUACGUGAUGGAGAAGGUAAUCUAAUAGGAACGCCCAUUUAUGGAUUCAUUACAUUACAUUUACAUUUUAGUCAUUUAGCAGACGCUCUUAUCCAGAGCGACUUACAGUUAGUGAAUGCAUACUUUUUUUUUUUUUUUCCUACCCCCUGUGGGAACAGAAACAGAUUUUUUAUUUUCUUCAGACAACACACAAAUUAACUACAGCUAACAGGACACAAAUUGAUUCAAAUCAUGAGCUUAUUUAUGUGAUGAAAUUCAUCACAUCUCACUCCUCUCCCUCUUUUAAUACCCCCCAUCUCUCGUUCCCUCUUUCUCUGUACCUGUAUGUGAUGGAGAAGGUGCCCUACGCUCCCCUGUACGGCAUCAGCCUGCCCUGGGCGGUGGAGCUGUGGAUCCCCGCGGGGGUACGACGCAGCAUAGACCAGUGGUUCACGCCUUCCUGGCCCCGCAAAGCCAAGAUCUCCAUCGGCCUCCUGGAGCUAGUUGAAGAUGUCUUCCAUGGCACCUUCGGCUCCUUCCUCAUGUGUGACGUGAGCGCGGACGGCUUCGGUUACAACGACCGCCACGACCUGAAGGUGAUGGAUGCUCGCCACAUUGUCCCUGAGGCCACCUUCCAGAAAGCCAUGAGGGAGCGGCAGUGCGACACGGACGAGGACUGUCUGUACGGUGCCGACUGUCGCACUUCCUGUGACCUCACCAAGCACAGGUGUACGCCAGAGGUGACGCAGCCCAACCUGGCCAAGGCGUGCGGCACGCUGAAGGAUUACCUCCUGAACGGGGGACCAUCUGAUAUUCAGGAGGAGCUGGAGAAACAGCUGUAUGCCUGUAUAGCUUUGAAGGGCUCAGCAGAACAGAUGGAGAUGGAACACUCACUUAUACUGAACAACCUGAAGACCUUGUUGUGGAAAAAGAUAUCACACACCAAGGACUCCUGA